UUCUGAAUUGGAUCCAGGCAAUGAAAUCAAGCUAGCCUGGUCAUGUGAUCACACAGAAGUUAAUCUGGUCAGGCGGCAGAUAACAUCAAAAUGGCUAAAAACCAUUCUUCUGGACAAACUGGUCAGCUGGUCCCAGAUACAUGGAAUUUCUACGGCUGUGACCUCAUUGCAGCUGGUACCAGUGGAUGAAUACAAAAACACAUAUCUACGCCUGAAAAAUACGUAUGGACGAGAGCUUGUCAAGAACUGGACAGAGCGCACAGAUCCCAAAAAGUUUGUCUACGAGGAUGUUGCCAUUGCUGCUUACCUCCUGCUUAUUUGGGAAGAGGAGCGUAGAGAGAAGCAGCUGACACACAAGCAGAGCUUUGUGGAUCUGGGCUGUGGGAAUGGAUUGCUGGUGUAUAUUCUCACAAAAGAGGGGCACAAGGGUCUGGGAAUCGACCUCAGAAAGAGAAACAUUUGGAGCACUUUUGGACCCGAUGUUGAUUUGCAAGAGAAGACGGUCAGCCCAUCGGGGGAUCACUUGUAUCCGGGAUAUGACUGGAUCGUUGGCAACCAUAGUGACGAGCUGACACCCUGGGUCCCUGUCAUUGCAGCCAGGUCAUCAUACAAAACUUCAUUUUUCUUAUUGCCCUGCUGUCCUCAUGACUUCACUGGCAAGUUUAACAUAACUGAGAAAGGGAAGAGUCGCUACGCAUCCUACAUGGAUUAUGUGAAAGAUAUCAUCGAACAUUGUGGGUUCGUUGCGGAGACGGACACCCUAAGGAUACCGUCGACAAAACGAAUGUGUUUUAUUGGUAAAAGGAGGACAUACACACAGCAGCUGGAAGAGGAGAUGGAUGUGAAGAGGCAAGCUUUCAUUCACAAAAGAACUAUUUGCAGUUUGAACCAAAAACCAGAAAAAUCUUGUGUAGACCUAGCUGUGGGUAAAGUUGUCAAUGAAAGAGAUGUGAUUUCUUGCUGUCCUAGCUCAGCUGAGGAGAACACGCCACUGCCAUCAGAGGAGAGUAACAACUGUGAACAGUCUCCGCCGUCGUCAGGGAAAGAUGCAUCGAGUAAGUGUUUGAAUGGUGGCGUUGAAGAUUCAGCAGACGCAGGUCAAGAGGAUAGUUGCUCGUCACCUUCUGAGAAAAGAAAGAGUGAGGUUCUUAGCAGUUUGGACAGUGGAUUUGGUGAUGAUGACAGUUUGGAGGGAAACAGAUGUACAAAAAGGCAUAAAGGAGAUUGUGGUGAAGAAUGCACAGUUUUGUCUGCAGAACAAGAAGAUAGUCACACAGGUGACAUGAAAUCAGACAGCAUCACACGUUUGUCCUCUGAUGGUUACUCUUGCAAGACUUGGGUGAAGGACUUUCAGCCUCGAGUUGAGCCUGGUGUCAGGAACUGCCAAAGGGUGCCAGAGCAGGUAAAAUCCCAGUUUGUCCAGGUGGCUUUCCAGCUUGUCCUUGCUGCUUCAGAUGCAAAGACUGUGUCAUUGGCUGGUGGGAGGACCUGGAACAAAGGGGGAAGUGUCCCCUUGAGCCAGAUAGCCAGUCGGUUUGACAAGACAGCAAUGCAGCAAUUGAAAAGUGAAUGUGGAGGCCUGCAAACAUUGCUGCGGAAUCACAGUCAUAUUUUUCAGGUGACGGGGGGCAAUGUUCAGCUGCGAGACUUUACAGCGGCAGAUCCCUGGAACGGAUGCAAUGUGAAGAAAGGCAGAAAUAAACGGGGCAACCAGGAACAUACCAGGAAAACAACCCUGUGCUGGUUUGCUGACAACCACCCGGACGGCUGCCCAAAGACAAAUAAUGAUUGUCCUUUUGCACACGGUAGUGGAGAGUUGAGAGAUAAACUCAGCAGCAGAGAAGACCAGUUAAGGAUGUGGUCAUCAAGGAUACUGAAAGUCUGA